UUGAUAGGCUGGCUGUCACUGUAUUUUUUGUUAUUUAAACUGUUCCCAACCUCCCAGUAUUCAGAAUGGAAUUGUCGUAUUGUGACUGUGAUACAUGCUAUAGGUAUCAGUUUAAUAGCUGGUUAUUCAAGUUUUAUUGAAGGACCCUGGCCACUAACAGAUGCAGGUGGACGUAAUACUCCUCUACAGAUUACUACAGCCACUGUUUGUUUAGCUUAUUUUAUUUUUGAUUUUUCUUGGUGCCUCAAAUAUGGAACUGAAGGUUAUACCAUGUUACUUCAUCAUCUUAUGAGUAUAACAGGAUUAACAGUGUCACUAUUAACAGGGCAAUACGGGACAGAACUAGUCGCUACAAUUUGUGGAGGGGAACUGACUAACCCAUUAUUACAACUACGCUGGUUUCUACGACAAACUGGAUACAAAGACACAAAAAUAGCUCUUGUUGUGGACGCCAUGUUUGUAUUUUCAUUUGGAUUCAUGCGUUUAGUCAUUGGAUCUAUUUUACUGUACUGUUACUUUACGCAGCCGACUGAUUACCUAGGUCGUUUCGGUGCAAUUUGUAUCUAUAUCAUGGGUGUGAUAUUUUGGAUUAACAUAAUCCAAUAUGCUAUAAGGAAG